UAAAUAAAGCAAUUCUUCUUUCUCUUCAGACAAAAAGUGGUUAAUAAAUCCAUGUUAUUUUUCUUUGUAGGAUUCAGUGUGAAACUAGACCAUGGAGAAUGGAUCCGUGGUGACAUUCAUAUUGAAGCCAUACACUGAACUGGAAGACCAUAGAUAUCUGUACUUCACAGGUUUCCUGUUAUUGUUCAUCCUUAUGGUAUUAACAAAUGUAAUUCUUAUUACAAUAAUUUACACUGAGAGAGGUCUCCAUGAACCCAUGUACGUUUUUAUGUGUAAUUUAGCAGUGAAUGGAAUUUAUGGGGCUCUAUCUUUAUUACCGUCAGUACUUGUUAAUUUAACAUCUCAUACUUAUGAAAUAUCUCUGACUGCUUGUCUUUUACAGAUCUAUUGUAUACACACAUAUGCUGCAGUUGAAUUUACUACUUUAGCUGUGAUGGGCUAUGACCGGUUUGUCGCUAUUUGUCAGCCACUACACUAUUGCCAAUUAAUGUCUCAUAGAAAAGUGUGCACCCUUAUUGCAUUGUCCUGGAUGUAUCCUUGUAUUGUUUUUGGACUAUAUUUCAUAUUAACUGCACAGCGCACUUUUUGUGACAGGAUCAUAGAAAGGGUGUAUUGUAUUAGCUUUGAAUUACUCAAACUGUCCUGUCUUGAAAUCUCUAUCCAGACCCAAAUUGGCUUUGUUGUAGCUAUUUUAUUAAUUGUUCCACAGCUGCUCAUGAUAUUAUUUUCCUAUGCACAAAUCCUCAGAGUCUGCCUGUUUGCUUCUAAGGAAUCUCAGACCAAAGCUAUUCAAACAUGCACCCCACACUUACUUUCUGUGAUAAACUAUUCAGUAGGAUGCUUAUUUGAACUUAUUUCAAAUUAUCUGAAAUUCAGUCAUUUCAACACAGGUCAAGUACCAUAUAAAGCUCGCAUAUUCUUAUUCCUUUACUUUAUGAUAAUUCCCCCAUUGUUUAAUCCUGUCAUUUAUGGAGUUAGCAUUACAGCCAUAAGAGUUCAGAUUUUCAAACUCUUCACCACUUGUAAAAAUAAGUUAGGCUAAAUCCACUGCAGGUGAGGAUGAAGUAGUCUCACGUCUGCUACUUUUCACAUUUUUAAGCCGAUCGCCUAAUUGAGCUCAAAAUGGAAUUCCACUGGGGGAUAGGUUCAAUGAGAAGUGUCAACACUGGUUGUUUUACAGCUGGCAAGAAGACUAGAUUAUUUAUUAUUAUUUCUGCCUGUAGAAUUCAAUCACAUAGGUUUGGGCACCUUGUUGUCAAAAAAUACAUGACGACUGUACAUUCCUCUGUGUUCUAAACCAUUUUAAAUCAUAUCUGAUGUCUGUUACAU